AUGUCUUUCUUCCACUACCUCUGCACCACGUUCUCCCCUUGUUCCAGUCAAAGAUUUUUUCCCGGUGGCACGUUCCAGAGAAAGGCUGAUACUCUCCUGCUGGGGCGGAACAGACAGCUAAAUAAAAGAAACCAGAAGCGAGAUCCUACUUCCUUCGGAAUAGGAGUUUUGCCCUCCCCUCCCGGCUAUGCCUUGUAUUUUAAGAGUGGCGUUUUUCUCCUUACACUGACAUGCCUUGAAUUGGAACGUUAUCUUCAGACAGAGCCAAGGAAGAUCUCAGAGAACUUUGGUGAGGAUUUGGACUGUUUCCUUCACACCUCCUCUCCUCCAGGCUCAGAGGACAGUAUCCGACGGCUGGACCCCAUCCUGUUGCCAGUGGAGACGAGUACAUGCGACAAAAGCACCAACAUGGACCUUAUCCUCUCACGGGACAAGCUGCUGUCUGAGACGUGCCUCAGCUUGCAGCCCACCGGCUCUUCCAUAGAGGGUUACGCCGCUGUCAACCAGGCCCAACUCAACGCAGUGACCUCAUUAACGCCCCCUUCCUCUCCUGAGCUCAGCCGCCAUCUGGUAAAAACCCCACAAACUCUCUCCGCAGUGGACGGCACGGUGACGUUGAAACUGGUGGCCAAGAAGGCGUCGCUCACCUCAGUCAAGGUGGGAGUGGCGGCGGUGGCAGCAGGAGGCACGAUAAAGAGUGGGCAGAAUGACAGCGAGCAAGGAGGGGCAGGGGCCGAGGCAUCCCCGGAAAACAAGAAGAGGGUUCAUCGCUGUCAGUUCAAUGGGUGCCGGAAGGUUUAUACAAAGAGCUCCCACUUAAAGGCUCAUCAGAGGACUCACACAGGUGAGAAGCCUUACAAGUGCUCGUGGGAAGGGUGCGAGUGGCGUUUUGCACGAAGCGACGAGCUCACAAGGCACUACAGGAAACACACAGGGGCAAAACCCUUUAAAUGCAACCAUUGUGACAGGUGUUUUUCCAGGUCUGACCAUCUUGCCCUCCACAUGAAGAGACACAUCUAAGUACCUAAAAUCAGUCAGCAUGGCAUAGAUGUCAGCUGAGCUAAAAGACAUGGCAUGAAGGGUGGAACUCGGUUAUAACCCGCUGCCUUGCAGAAGAAGAGAACUUGAUCACAUGUAAACCUCUGUACACAGACCACACACUCACAC